AUGUCGGAAAUGAUCAACUUUACACUUGUAUUGCUGUCUUUUGCAUUGGGCUGUGGAGACAAGAUAGCAUAUGUACAGUCACAAACAGGUGAUGUCAUGGCGAUCACAAAAUCUUGGUGGCAAGAUACUUCAAAAUACUUUGAAGUCAAAUUCCUUCUGUCACCAGCAAAACCAAUAAACAAUUGGAAGGUGUUCUUUGUGUUCUCAAGUCCAAUCGAUGGACCACCAGUGGCGCUGUGGAAUGCAGAUCAAGUAUGUUUGAGGUCUGAUAAAAUCGUGCUUAUCCUUAAACAAAAAUAUGGGGGCACCUGCUCGCAAAGCGGUCGGACUAUUGAACAGUCGGACUGUGGAUUUCAAGUCACAUACAAUGGAUAUAUGAGUAUUGAAGUUGGACUGGUCGGUGAUUUAGACUUGUCGACGUGUACCUAUACAACAAUACACAAUUUAGCCUCAACUACUCAAUCUACUACUGGUCAAUCCACUGACAGCCAUUCUAUUACUGAUCGACCAACCAUCAUUAAAUUAACUACUGAUGGUUCACCAACCAGCACGCAGACUAUUUCUGAUCAACCAACCAUCACUCAAACUGCAAAUGAUCCAUCAACCACCACACAAACGAUUACUGAUCAAACAACCACCAUACAAACUAUUACUGAUCAAACAAUCACCACACAAACUACAAAUGAUCCAUCAACCACUACACAAAACAUGCCGAAGACAACAAGCUUUAACAGGGAGCCGUUCAUCGCGAUAGCCGCGCCCCCUUUGUCUUUAUCCUUCCAAAGUGAAAAUCGCUCGCAAACGGCAGAUAAGAGGGGCUCUGGCAUACCAGAAUGGGAGCCGUUGACUGUUUACAGAAGGAAGGACAACCCUGAAGCUAUGAACUUCGCCACAGAUCCAAUAUCUGUAGCACUUGGAGGUUCUGCUAUCCUCAUUCUCGCGGGUAUAGUUGGAUUUGUUAUAUUCCUGGAUCUUGCAACUGCCUGCAGAUACGUGGACUUCCAUGCGAGAAGGAAAACCAAACGUAAAGCCAAAAAGAGAUGUAGAAAAAAUAAACGAAUUAUUGAACCGAUUGCUGAAGAAGUUGUCGAUAUAUCUGAAGCAACCAUCUAA